AUGGUUCAUGCUGAACCGAUCCACCGAUUGUCAAGGUAUGUGAUGCAUUAUGUUUCUAAAUUAUGCGAUCACAAGCAAACUUUGAUGAGAUUGUCCGGAACCGGAACUAUAUCCGGAAGCUUUUCACUUCAUGUAGUUUGGAUCAUAAUGAGAUUGUUGUCCAAAUUAGAUGUUAAACUAAAGCAGUGUAGAGAUCCUCCCGCUAAUCGGUUCUUCGCUAUGAACAACUUCCAUUUCAUCAUGCAGAACAUCCAAGCGUGUCCGGAGUUGCUAGAAAUUGUAGCGGACGACAAUCUUAACAAGCUGAAUGCGAAGUUUCAAAAGGCGAGAUUUGAUUACCUUAAGUUAACUUUUGAUGUGGUUUUGAGGAAUUUGAGAGAUGAGGGAGUGAAUAAGAUUAAGAUCUUAUCUUUUCGGGUUGUGAAAUUGAAAGAUAGAUUGAAGAGAUUCAAUUAUGAGUUUGAGAAACAUGAAAAGGAACUUGGGAAAGUAGUUGUCCCAGAUUUCGGACUUGUGUUGGAGCUUCGUAAAUUGAUUGUUGAAAUGGUGGUGACUGCUUAUGCCUCCUUUCUUGUUCAUACAAAGAAGGUAGCUCGCUUGGAGACGUAUGUGAAGUACUCAGUUGAGGAGAUUGAGUCUGCCAUUCAAGGAUUCUAUGAUUGCAGAUAA